CGUUCAAGGGAGAUAAUUCAUCAUGUAGAGUUAGCUCCACUUGGACCUGCGCACUUCGAGGGCACCUUGGAGACGCACCAACAAACUUAAAAUAGGACAACAAACUGUGCGAAAGAUUGUCCGUCUAUAAUCAUCAAGAUGCCGGUUGGAGGAAACGCCGUUAUGCAGCGGCCUGUUCAGGAACAAAUUGAAGAACUCAAGGCAAAGAUCGCACUCCUUGAGGGUGAUCGAAAGGCAUACUAUGAGACAUCUCAACAUGCUAUGAAACACAAUCAAGACACUGUCACAAAACUAAGAAAAGAAGAUAAAGAAUUAAGAAAGAAACUUAGUGAUUCCUUGUCUCAAGAUCAGCAUGUCAUUAAUAAAGCUUUCCAAGACAAACCUGUACAGAGAGCUGAAUUCAAAAAUAAAACUGGAGAUCAAGCAAUUACAGUAAUGAAACACAAAUUAUGUGAUUCAAAGAAGAAACUAAAUGCAUUGAAACACCAGUCUGCCCAGAAACAAAAAAAGAUAGAAAUCUUACAGACCCGUUAUGAUCAGAUGCAGAAAGACUCAGCUGAUGCUGUCUCUACAGAUAAAGGAGAAUCGGUUGAUGCUCAGACCCUUAGAUACCUGGAAAACAGUUAUGACAAAACAAAACUGAAGAUGGAUGAAGCCACACAUUUGUACAGGAUUUACCAGGAUAUUAAUAGAAAAUUAUGUGUGGAAGCAGAAAAAUUCCCAAGUGUAUUGGACUCAAUGGAGUGUGAGAUCAGAAGUGUCAAAGCAGAAUUAAAGGAACUCAAAGCCAUGCAUGAUGAUGCUCAGAUCUCUAAAACAGCAGCACAGGAAGAAUUAGCUAAACAUGAAAAGAUUGUAUACUCAGAAAGGAAACAGAGAGAAAUAGAAUUACAGAAAAUGAAGAAAGAAGCUGAGGAAAAGAAAAUACAACAUGAAAGAAUAGAAAGAAGAAUUCAACAGAGAGGGUCUAUACAACAAGAUGAACUAACACCACAGGAGAAACAAGCCUUACAGGGUGAAGAACAACAACAAAAGAUUACAUCAUAUGAAGAAGCUUUCAGAAGAAUUAAAGAAGCAACUGGUGUUUCUGAUACAAUGGAAGUUGUAAGGCGUUUUGAAAACCAAGGAGAUACUACAAAACAUCUUGAAAAUCUGCAGAAAGAUAAUGAAAAGGGUAUAACAAGACUGAAGGAGGAUAAGGAGAAAUUACAACAAGAAUUUGAAGAAAUGAAAUAUUCUGGUGAUGCUAAAUUGUCAAGUGGAGAAAGAAUGCUUGAAGAUUUCCAGGGCCAUUUACAGAAAGAGGAGGAUAGACGAGGUGAUGCUGAGGAGGAGUUACAGAGGAAUAGUACAAUAAUGGUGUCCGUCAAGGCUGGGGUGGAACAUUUAACAGACAAGUUAUAUCUUCUUAAAGCUGCAGAAUAUAAGAGAAAGACCAAAGGUCAUGUGCCUACUGCCAAGAUACCACAGACAUCAGAUGAAUAUGUCCUAGAUCAGUUAUCAACAUGUGAGGAGAAGCUACUGAAAUUAUUAGAGGAGUUAGAUGGUAAAGAUCUGAAUGAAGUCUUCAAACAGAUGGAGGAGGAAGAGUAUCAUGCUAGUUUUGAUUCUAAAUUACCGACACAUAACACAAGAGUUAAAUUACCACAGAAAGAACGAGGGGAUGCUGUAUUUGAAGAUGACGAAGACAGCGGUGAAGAUGAUGGAGAAGUUCCGAACAGAAAUGCAAUUAAGAAACAAUCUCAGUUUAUAGUAGACUCUAAAACCAAACGUAGAACAACCAAAAAGAAGAAGAAGACUAAAUAAAUGAGUCAAAUAUCUUACAGACAGUGACUGUUUUCUCUUCAAAUUUGUUACAAGCUGCUGGUUAUGAACAUUGUAUUAAAGGCAAUUUAUGGAUGCCUUAAAAUUGUAUUUGGACAGAUUAAAUCUAUGAAAUAAUUCAGGAGAGAAGUGAAAUCUGUUUUAAACUUUUGAAAAAAAAAGAGCAAAUGGUUAAUUUGAAAUAUCUAUUCAUCACUUUUGAAUACAUCCAAAUGUUUGUUGUCAAAUCUUGAUAGAUUUUAUGUAUCCCAUAUUUUAAUCAGUGUUUUUGUAAUAAAAUUCUGACAAAAAAAAGAGGUACAAUUUAGUUUCAGGAACUAUGAAAUAAGAGCUGAAUUUGUGUUACUAUUGUAUAAAAACAUACCUUUGAACAAUUAUUUAUUUUAUUUUAUGAUGAUAGUAAAAGUUUUUAGACCAUUUGAUUGAUGUGAGCUCAAAUUUUGUUGCACAUAAUGGACACAUAAACAAUUAGAACAAGUAUAUUGUAAUUUAGAUGACUUUUAACCAACAAAAAAAAGAAAUUGAAAAAAAAAUCUAAUAUAAUGGCUUUAAAUUAUAUUGGAGAAAAGCCAAAUUGUUUUAAUUCUUAAAAUGUUGUUAUUUUUAUUAGACAUUUAUGUACUAUUUUAUUAUGUUAAAAAUCUCUGUGAUCAUGUUACUAUUUAAAAAACUAAAAAUAUUUGAAUAAAUGAUUUUGAAACCUU